UGAACAUGUCCCAGAAGGAUCCCUGCCAGAAACAAGCCUGUGAAAUACAGAAAUGCUUGCAAGUGAACAACUACAUGGAGUCCAGGUGUGAAGCCAUGCUGCAGGAGAUGCGGAAGUGCUGCGCCCGCUACCCCAGGGGCAGAUCCAUCUGUUGUUCAGGGUUUGAGAAAGAAGAAAGGGAGAGACAAAACCUGAAGGUGAUUCCAGAAGGAAUUCCCCCACCACCUCAGUAACACAAUGCAGCUCCAGCAGGUGCUGGAGCAUGGACUCAUUUGCAGAACUUGUGUGUGUUUUUUUCCAAGCCUUCUUUAGACUUUCAGGAAAGCCAGAUUGCUCCUAGAACACACCUUCCAGCACACCAAAAAGUAUAACGUAGUACCAACAGAUGGCCUGGUUAACAGACUUGAUUUUAUGUACCAAAACAUCAUCUACAUUGUCUUUUGCAUUGUACCUGUGUCUGUGAAAAGUCAACUUGAUGUUUUCAGAAUGCUUACCUUACUCUAGUCCAUCCUUGCUCUCAAAAUGGAGAACUGGAACCAAGUUAUUCUGGCUUCUGGAGCGGGAGGUACAGGAAGUGAGCUCAGAAGAGUGAGUGAGUUCAAGCAUGACACAUGAAACAAGCCCAUUUUGACACAGCAGAGGUAUUGCUGCCAUCCUGCAGUAAUUCCAGACAACAUUUGCCUGCCCAGUGGUUCAAGCUCAAGAAUGGGAAUCAGGUCUGGGGAGAUUGUUCCUAGAUCUUGCAUAGAUCACAAGUGACUACAGGUCACUUUGCUCAAGUGCCUCACUUUCCCACUGGGCAGACUCUUGGUUACCUUCUGUUAGAAUUGCCUACACGCUGCUAUUUGCAUGACAAAGAUGUUACAAGAACAUGAUUUCAGGGAUUGCUACAGAAAUAAGAUGAUGAUUAUUAUUUUUUUUUAAAAAGAGCAAUAUUCCUUUGAAAGAUCUGACUGUUGAUAUAAAAAGUUACCAAUUUAGAUAUGAUUGAAAAACCUUGAAGCAAUAUGUUAGGGACCCAGCGUGGUUCAACCCGCUGGUACCCAGAGGCCUGUCACAAAGCCCUGGGCUAGAUCCAGGAACUGAUUUAGGUGCCACUUACUGGACAAGCAGUUGCAGGCACUUGGUUUCAACACCGCAUUCCAGACUCACUCACAAGCCGGCUGUGUCUGGACCCUCGGGGAGAGGUGGCUUUUCAGAAGCUCUCACACCUAUAGCAGAAUGUCCUGUGACCUGUAGGAGGAGCUCGGUAGGCAGGUUCCUGCAUCACCCUUCGGAGCUUCCCAAGUCUCUCUGUCCCCUCUAACAGGACUCCAGGCACCUCAGUGGGUGCCAGGUCCACUGCAGGGCCCAGGCACCCAAGAACCAGACUUCACACCCACUAGGCCCCUAACUCUGUCGUUAGAUCUAGCCGUAAAGGACUUUUGUGCUGUGAUCAACUACAACCUACUUAAGAAAUAACAGCUUCUAUAAACAGACCACUGUAGUCUAGGCACUAUAGUUAAGUGUAUUGAAGCCUAAAGGAGCAAAAUCAUCUGUACUCACUACUCUGAAAUACCGUGGUACAAAAUAAAUUACUGGAACAAA